AUCAGUAUGAAAUCAAAACUUUUAUUAUUUGUCAUUUAUUGAAUGAAAAUUAUUAAAUUAAUAUUAAGUUAUAAGUAAAUAGUGCAUAAAUAAUAGUUAUUUACAAAUUUUUUAAAUAUUGACAUAAUUUUUUUUAAUACCGCAAUAAAGGUACAUAAGAGUAUUAUAUUCAAGUACAAUGUUGGAAGGUGAUGAAUUGGAUGAAAUUAAUCCUGAAGAAUCACUGAGAACGUUUAAAGAUUUACUUAAUGAGAGCCAAGAUGAUGAAAAUGUAGAAACUGAAACAUCUGCAGUACAGGAUGAUGUGGAAGAACUUGUGUUACAACUUUACAAAGCUGAAAAUGAGCCAAUAUUAACAAGAGGAAAACACGUUUCUUUUUUAAAAAAAUCAUUGGCUAAACUCUCAGUCUAUAAUGAGGGUUUAGACUCCAGCAGACCUUGGUUAUGCUAUUGGGCUCUUCAUGCUCUGAAUAUUCUUGGAAAGCGUCUAGAAGAAGAGGAUUCUUUAAAAGUAGUAAAUUUUUUAUCAAAAUGCCAACAUCCUACGGGAGGAUUUGGUGGAGGUCCAGGUCAAUAUCCUCACCUGGCAACCACUUAUGCUGCAGUAAGUGCUUUAUGUACAAUAGGCACUAAAGCUGCAUUUGAUUCUAUUAAUAGAGAAGGGCUCGUUAGGUUGUUUAAAUCUUUAAAAUUAGAAGAUGGAAGUGUUCUAAUGCACGUGGAUGGAGAAUUAGAUAUAAGAGGAGUCUAUUGUGCGAUAUCUGUAGCUAAACUCACAAAUACUUUUACUCCUGAGCUUUUUGAAAAUACUGGUGACUGGAUAGCUCAGUGUCAAACGUGGGAAGGAGGAUUUGGCGGAUGUCCUGGAAUGGAAGCUCAUGGAGGGUAUACUUAUUGCGGAUUAGCAGCAUUAGUUUUAUUGGGGGAAGUCGACAAAUGUAAUAUUCCUGCAUUGUUGAGGUGGAUAGCUAAUAAACAAAUGCGAUUGGAAGGAGGCUUUCAAGGAAGAACUAAUAAAUUAGUAGAUGGGUGUUAUUCAUUUUGGCAAGGAGCAUCUUUCUCUCUUGUCAAUACAAUUUUAUUAAAUGAAAAAAAAUGCAGCUUUAAUAAAUACUGGUUGUUUGAUCAGAGAGCCUUACAAGAGUAUAUAUUAAUAUGCUGCCAACAUCGUCAAGGUGGAUUUUUGGAUAAACCAAAAAAGGACCGUGAUGUCUAUCACACUUCUUAUGUACUUAGUGGCCUAUCGAUAGCACAAAAUUCACCAUUGCCACUGAUAAUUGGUCGACGGAAUUCGAAUACAGUAGAAUCAACCCAUCCUCUUUACAAUGUUGUUCAUGACUGUGUGGAGAGAGCUUUGGAAUAUUUUAAAAAACUGCCAAUACCUGACUGAAAGCAUUGAGUACUUAUUACACCAUAAUAAAUGUUAUUGAAAGAGAUAAUAACUACUAAUAUAAUAUAAAUAAAUUAGUUAAAAUAAUUAACUAAUGAGAGAGAAAAAAAAAGAUUUUACCUUUUAUGGACCAAAAUAAUAUAGGUUUAAAAGAUUUAAAAUAGUUAUCAAUCAUGUCAUUAAGGAUUCACUUAAAUAUACAAGUUCAACAUUAGCUGUAAUUACAAGAGCCUAAAAUUUAAAAAUCCUAUAAAACUGAAAAAAGAUCACUGAGAUUUUUAAUCAGACAUUAAUAUAAAAUUAUCGAUAAAUUGUAAUUUCUAUAAUUGCCAAUUUAAUUACAAUUUAAAGCAUUUUGUCUUAUUUUUACUGUUUAUAAGUAUUGCAAGUGAGAAUUGAUCAAGUACACAAUGCAUUGAAGAAAAUAAAUAAAAUGUUUACCAAAA